AUGGAAAAGUCGUUAGAUUCCCAUUUAGAGGACAUGUAAGUCUAUUAAGUUAUCUGUUUAGCAGAAAGUAGAAAAAUAUGUUUAAUUUGUCGUAUGUUUUUUUUAUUCUAGCAUGUCAGAACAUGGAGUUAUUGGGGUGCUUUGCAGUGAUCAGCAAGGGUUGGCACUUUCAGGUCAGUUUGACCCUCUAAUGCUUGAUCUUUAAUGAGCUAACGUUUUCUAGACUUUAGAUUUCUAAUGAGUAUUAAUUCCACAUAUAAAUGUGUUGAAAUGGUUGUACAAAUUUGGUUUUAUUGGCAUUAAUCUUAUGGAACGUACAUGGUAUAUUCUUUUGGAAAACUAAAUAAUGAGAGUUUUAAGUCACUCCUGCGUCAUGUGACUACAGUUCGAUCUUUAACCUUGUAGUACAACUGAAUGAUGAGGCUACAGAGUACUCUAACUACAGUGUGUCUAACCUUGUCACACCACUAUUCAGAUUUUGUUUUAGCUGGUGUUUAAAUUGAAGAUUGACCUAAAGUACUUUUACCCAAAACAGACCUUCUUAUUAAUUCACUUGCUGCAAGUUAUUGACUGUUUGGCAUUCUUUGGAUAAGCGACCGGACUACAAUCAGGGACAAAAGUAGUUGACACACUCGUUUAAAACGGGUGCUUUUAACAAACAUUUAAUUCAUUUAUUAUUUCAUUCCUUUUAAACGCCGUAAAUCCCCCGACCCCUCGAAUCAAUGUUGUCUGAAGUAAAAAAAAGACUUGAGGGUCCAAAAUUCAACAUUGAUUUUGGGGGGAAGGGAUUGGGGUAGACAGGGGAAGGGGAUAAGUAUAUCCACCAUGCAAAAAGGGGCCAUUUUACGGAAGUGUGUCAACACUUUUGUCCCUCAUUGUCUGAAUGCAAAAUUGUGCUACUGCACACAAGUUGAGCCGUGUAUGACACUGAUUUUAACUGAAAUUAAAGGAAUCAAUGACGUAAUUAUGUUAUUGGUGGUGGGGGUGACAUUGACUUAUUCACGACCGAAUUAUAGGGCCAAUUCGAAUUACGUGACGACGUAAUAAAAGGGCUGCGAUAUCCAGAAUAAACGUCGAUAUGGUUUACAAGCUGAAAACUGAUGCUAAAACUCGCGCACAUGAACAACUUUUGAUGAAUUUCAAGGGUAUGCGUACUGAAAAUAUUUUUAAUAAAGUGAAUAUUUCUCGUUCUUCACUUUAUCCGAUUGUUAAGGCGCAAACAAUCACGGGUAGGGUAAGGAUUGAGACGUAGUGGAGAUAGUCACUGGCCAGUCACAGAAAUAUGGAACGUUAGUGAGGAGCGGCCGUCACUGCGUUCAAUAUCGAAACUACGGAAAAGUGAAGGUAAAUUCAUGGCCAAUUCAAUAAAAAACUAAGGACUGCGUAGCAAACAUUUCAAGUGUACACAAAAACAAUUACUUUCAAUCCCACCUCGCGACACCCUGUGUGACAUGAUAACGCAACGUAAAUAGCGUGACAUGAGCGCAUAUGUCUGAGUAUUUGGACUGCAUUUCUCAAGCAAAACCCUGUGUUGUUGUCUAUUGUCGGGAGAGAAAAUGAAAAGAGAGCUUUGAAACGUGAACUGGUAUUUGACUCUCAAAGAAAACGACAGCUCAAACUGAGGAAAACACUGCUUCCUUCGUGUUACAACGGUUAACCAAGUUUCGGCAAACGGAAAGUAACAUAUUAAGUCUGUUAUGACCUCUUAAUGUCGAUAUGUAUUCUCGUGGUUAACCGUUGAAACUCCUUAUUUGCACCACAUCGCUGAAAUUUUUCUUGCCAAGAAUACGAUUAUGGGCACUUUUCUACAUAGCGGAAUCUUCUUUUGCCUUUUGUGAGGAAUUAGCGCAUAAAAAAGGAAGAUUUUCCAGAGCACGGCCGUCAUCGAUCACGUGUUAUCUCGCUUUCCUUGUCAUCAAGUGAACUUCUGGGCCAAAGUAAUUGCUGUUUUGGCGAUGAUACAAACUGGUGUGUCUAUCUUGAAAACAAUUUCUUUGGUAUUCUGUGAUUUACGAGCUGGGAAAUGAAAUAGUUGUCCACCCAACACCAAUAAAAAAAAUGGCACUGAAUAAAUGGCAGGCGGUCAUCUAAAAUCAUUACAAAAGUACAUUCCUAACCUGGUCUAACCUGUUCGACGCCUACACACGCUAAAGGUUUGGAUCUGCUAGAUUUGAAAAGGUCUCCCAAAAAAAAAAAUCAUCUAUUUAUAGGACAUAGCACAAACGACUGGCUCAUCAUUUGUGAGGUUCAUAACCUGUAUAUUGUUCACGUCCUUUCACUAAUGGCACAAGUCAAUGUCAACAAUAAUGCAUGUUGCAGUACUUCAUUCGCUUAAGUUAACCAUUUACCAGAACAAUUUUCAUUGUACCUUAGUGUUUCCAUCCUUUUUCCACUAUUGAUAAUACUUGUAAAAAAAAUUACAUCCGCAGCAGCGGCAUUGAUCACAACACAAAUGAUUUCCUCUCGACCUGACAGGGUAUCAGGAAUGCAUGCGGGAGUACAAGAUUAAGUAAUGACAUACGCUUCGUACAUUUUACUCUACGUAUACUACAAAUCAGGACCAAACUUUUCAAAUUGUUGUUUAUAAACAAACAAUUUGGUCCACAGAGUAACGUCAUCGCACAAAAAUUCAGCAGCGUCCAAAAUCUAGCCGGAAAACACAGAGACAUAUUUCAGACAAUCAGGGACAAAAGUAGUUGACACACUUGUUUAAAACGGGUGCUUUUAACAAACAUUUAAUUCAUUUAUUAUUUCAUUCCUUUUAAACGCUGUAAAUCCCCCGACCCCCCGAAUCAAUGUUGUCUGAAGUAAAAAAAAGACUUGAGGGUCCAAAAUUCAACAUUGAUUUUGGGGGGAAGGGGUUGGGGUAGACAGGGGAAGGGGAUAAGUAUAUCCACUAUGCAAAAAGGGGCCAUUUUACGGAAGUGUGUCAACACUUUUGUCCCUCAUUGUAGUUCAGCAGAGGCCAUAGGUUGAAAUCCUGUUAAGUCCUGAAAUUUUUUCAGGUUAAUUUGCAUUUGCUUAAAUUGCAAUCACCACUGUGACGAUCAUAUCUUUAUUUAAAUUGGUUUUAGGACUGCAAUGUAGCUCAGUUAGCACUUGUGCAUGUAGGAGGUCAUACAAUGUACAAGUGUAGGUAUGAUCCCAUGGGUUAGACCGAUACUCAGGGUCUCAAAGUAUUUAAGAAAUGAAGGAAUGCAAACAUCUAGACCUUCCAUGGCUUGAAUGAACUCGUAAAAUGGCAGUCCCAUCUCAGUGUAGUAGAUGAUGCAAAAAUAAUGUUCUUCAUUAGUAAGCUUACUUUUGUGUCAAAAUGCACUGAAACACCAAUAAGGUACAUUUAAGUGCCUUUUGAGCCAAACAAGAGAGAUACCCAGCUUUGAAUGUUGAAAAAUAAACUGCAUAUGGACUCUUAAUUAUGCUCACUCUAUUAACCAUACUGUUAUCAAUAUUUGAGCUAAAUUUUUUUGCUUUUUCUCUGCUGUCACUUACAAAUAAUCCUCUUGAAUUUUCUUGUACAGCUAAAGGCACAGCAAAUCCCAUGUACUCUGGACAUGUUAGCUCUCUAGUGGAAAAUGCAAGGAAGCUAUACCCAAAUAAAGAACCUCAACCAGUCAUUUGUUUAGAAUCAGAUGCUUGGUAA